AUGAAUAUGCAACCAUCCUUGUCUCUAUGCUCACCCCAGACUUUGUCGUCUUCAACUUCAGUGCUGGACAUCAAUACAAAUAGCGAUAGUAGCAGUAGUAUCAAUAUCAAAGCUAUGCGCAGAAACACCAUUCAUUCAAAUAUUACACCACCGAUUGCCACACAACCCAUCCCCAAAAAAUCACAACAAAUUAGAACUGAUAAACCAAGACCACACAUGUGUAGUGUUUGUACCCGUGCUUUUGCUAGAUUGGAACACUUAAAACGUCAUGAAAGAGCUCACACUAAUGAAAAACCAUACCAGUGUGCUGCUUGUGGAAGGUGCUUUGCUCGUCGUGAUUUGGUGUUGCGUCACCAACAGAAACUUCAUACAAAUUUGCCAACCUUGAUGCGCAAAGGUUCAUCUAAAGACCAGGAUAUCAACGAACAUAUAAACGUGUUGCAAAACAACACCGAUCCAAAUGCUCCUUUACCAAAUGGUGCCACACCUAUACCUGAAGCUCUAAAUGGUGCUGCAGACACCAAUAACAGUAAACCUCAGUUUCGUACUGGAUUAUUUGGUAACGACACUCAAAUUCAAACUCAAACAAAUGGAAGUCUGCCACAUCCACUGAUGGGGCCAUCACCAAUAACCUCAAAUAGUUCACCUAGACCAAGUGUCACGUUACACAGCAGUAAUGGAAGAAAAGACAGUGUUUCAUUUAACCAACUGUCAAAAGCAACACCAAUGUCACGUCAAGAUUCAACUGCAAGUAGAAGAAAAUCAAGUCAGAUCAAACAAGAGCCAUCCCCAGAAUCAGAUACCCCCAAGAGGAAAAAAUUGACAUCUUUCAAGCCAUCUACAGAGUUUAUCGAUAAGUCGUCUCAUUUCUUGCACAAUUACAGACACGCGUCAUAUUCAGCAGCAUCUGGUAUUUCAUAUGCCAAUGUGAAAGAUGCAAUGCAAAUUCAAGAGCAAAACGCCCUUGAGUUUGGAGAUGCAGUACCGACACAAGUUGAAUUUGGUACACCACCACUUGGUCCUCAUAGUGAGGAAUAUCAUAAGAUCAUGGAAAUGGGCGAUUUAUUAGAUUGGGGGAAUAUUGACCAUUUAGAUUUAAGUGAAGACAAAUUUUCACUUCGUCAGAAGUCGUUAAAGAAUUUGCAAGAUUUUUUCACUCUUGGUCCUAAAAAUGGUAAUAUGAAGGCAGUACCUAUGCAACAUGCCCAAAGUGUACCACAAAGGAAAUCGAUAUUUGCUAUAGAAGAUGAGCCUAUGGAUCUAGCCGCAGGAUUCCCAAUACAACCGCCACCAAUUAUGGAGAAUGAAUCAGUCGCGGGACAGUUGCAGCAACAACUACAACAACCACAACAACCACAGCAACCACAGCAACCACAGCAACCACAACAACAGUCACAACAACCACAGCAACCUCCACAACAACACCAGUUGCACCAAUUGCUGCCACAAUCGCAACAAGGCUCAGUUUCUUCUGCUGGUAGCAUUGAUCCACUGCAGUUGAGCAAUAAAAAUGGCAAUGUACCAAGUGUAGGCAAAAGAUCAAGAUCGUCAAUGGAAGCUUCAACCACUCCACAAGCUAGUUUACUUGGAAACGGUGGCAUGGCACGCGCAUUCCCCAAUGAAACCGAUUGGGUCAGGGAUUUAGUUAAUCCGGAAUUUGACUUGAAUGUCAAUUUUAGUGCCAACACCAGCUUUGAAGAUUUAAAAGGUUACUUUAACAAUCAUAAACUGAAUGAAAAUACCAUCAAUCUUCCUAAAAAGCAAGCACAAGAUUUUAUGCAGCAAUUGCUUAGCACAAAUGGCCAUGAUGUAUCUCAGUCGAUUGACUACUCAGUUGAGUUUCCACAAAAUUUCUUCAAUUUAGAUUCUACCUUGAUUUCAGCUGAAAUUAGAGAGAAAAUGAUUUCAAUGAGUCAUGUUGAUAGUAAAGACUUCCCCUCCUUGGAGAGCUUAAAGUACUAUGCGCAAAUGUUUGAGUUUGGUUUCAACAAGUAUUGUUCUUUUAUACAUUUACCAUCAUUGAAAAAUGUACGUGGACAAAAUUUUGAAACUGUGCCCCUUUUAUUGGCCAUCACUGCUAUUGGUUCAUUGUACGCCUACAAUAAUCAUGAUGCAUUGUUAUUGUUCAACAUGUCCAAGUAUCAUAUUCAAGGAUUUUUUGAAAGAGAAUUGACUGUUGAUAAUAUACAGUUCAAAAAGAUUCCAUUGAUGGCACAUCAAUGUCUUGUUUUGCAUAUCAUGCUUUCAUUGUUCUUUAAUGAACCCAAUGUUAUUGAUAUCACAGCACGACAAAUCAAGUCAAUGAUUGGAUUGAUCAAAUCAACCAAUUUCAAUGAACCAUUGGAACAAUCAAUUAUUCCCCCUCAGCCUGCACCUCAUGGACUAAUGAUCAAUGAUGAAGUCAAACCAAUUAUCCAACACAAUUAUGACUACUUUAUCUUGGCGCAAUCGAGAAUUAGAACUUUGCAUACUUUUUACAUUUUACAGGUGUUUAGAUCUAGUAUCACUGGAGCUCCCAUCAUGUUUCCAGCAACAAUGAUGAAGAGUGGAUCUUAUUGCAGCAAUCGUGAACUUUGGUGGAGUCCAAAUGCUAGUAGUUGGUAUAACGCUGUAUGCAAAACCAGCCCACCAAAUUGGUCUAUUGUUGAAUUGAGUAACGGUACAACUGUCAAUGAGCUUAUUAGUUAUUUGCAAAAUCCAAAUCCUUUAUCCAAUAUUCCCAAUGCUAAUCUUUUGACUAUUUUGUUCAACAUCCAUGAACAAGUUGGUGCAGAUUUACGUGCAAGUGAUUUCAGCUACAUCAAUUGGAAUGUUGAAAAAAGACCGAAAUAUCACCAUUUGAUGAAUAAUUGGCAGAUUAUUUUUUACAGGAACGGUGGUAAUUUGGACACAUCGUCAAUGAACUGCGAUCAAUAUAUCAAUUCACCUGAUUUGAAACAAAUAAUUCCACUUUGGUAUAUGUUGAAGAUGAAGAUGGAUAUCAAUCUUGAUGCAACCUUUACUCACAUUUUCAAAAAGGAUUAUGUUUCGAUGAAUAAAGAAUUAGAUUUGAUGGAUUACCGUGAAUCAAACUAUAGUGUUUUGAGUAAAUCUUUGAAUUCGGGUUAUAGUAUUUUGGAUUUGUGGAUCCAAACAACAGAGACCAACAGUCUCGAUGUACGUGAAACAACUGUUCGUACACCAGUAUUUUUAUUCUGUGGAUUAUUGGCUAGUAUUUUGGUUGUUGCCACGUAUCUUGAUUUCUUGGAACAACAAUGCAAGAGAAGAGAUAUUUCUAAUCAGGAGUUGAUGGAAUGGCUAAGAUGUCAAGAAACAUUUACCAAAAUGGAAAAAGUCUUGACUCCAAGUGUUAAAUCAGUUUAUUCAGAUGUUUUGACCAAAGAUAUGCAAAAUUUAAGCAUUGUUACUGAUUCAGUUAGAAACAAAAUUAUUAAAUUGAGUGAAGAAAGGUCGAAAUGUGAUGAUGAUUUGUCACGCGGGGUUGAUUUAGAUUUGAAUAGAGAUUUGGUUAUGAAGCUCAAUCAGGAGAUUAGAGAUUACGUGAUUAAGAAUAAUUUGUCAAAUAAGGCAUUUUAUUUGGGUAUUAGAGUCUUUGCUGAUGCACCAGUAUGGCCUGCAGCUAUGGGAUUUGCUGAAGCUUUACAAAUUAGAGCAACUCAUUUGGCACAACAACAAAGAACAAUGUUUUAA